AUGGCGCAAACUGCGGGUGUAAAGCCCAUGACCAUUGCUGGUCGUGUGGCACUCGAAAGAGAGAGAUGCCUGGGCAUGACGGAUGCAGAAAGGGCCUGGCGCAAACAGUGGUUAAAAGAUCAAGUUUUGGCAGCAAAUGAACCAGUGCAUGUUGAAGAAUAUUGGAGGGAACGCACCAACCCAAUACGCCGCUUCUAUCGCAAACCUUUGGAUACCUUAUUCACAAAACUCGCACCUAUUUUGGGUAAAGCACGUGCUCAAGACUAUAGAUAUGUUACAGGAAAAUUGGGAAUUAUUGCAGUUGGAAUCCUUUGUACACACUACUACUUUAAAUAUAAUGGCAAUGAUUGGACAAAGAAAGGAGGUUGGAGAGUUAUAAAGACUAAACCCAUGGUAUUGCCUGGACAGCCAGGCUUUCCUUACAAAUCGGAACGUUGUGUGGAUAGUGAUUAUGCUGAAAGAGGUUUCAAAAAAUCUGUAAUCUAA